UGAGAAGGAAUGUGAAAACAUGGAGUUCGAAAGUGAUUAUGUUGUGUUUAAGUCCAAAACUUUGGAUUUUAACAGAAGGCUCGGGACGCUCCUUUGUGAAGGUUUCUGUAACUGCAGUUUGGAAGCUGCGUUUAAGCUUUUGACCAUAUUUGGGAAUUUUCUGGAGAAACCAGUUGUCAUGGAAAUUUUCAGCCCACAUUACAGCACGUUAGUGAAUAUGUUUAAUACAGAGUUGGAUAUGUGUAAGCAAUUAUAUAAUGAGCACGUGAAACAGAUUGAACAUGGACAGGUAGUUCUUCACAAGAAUAUGCCAUUUACUUCCGGAAAUAUCAAGUGGGCCAAAGAGGUUCUUGAACGCCUUCAAACAUUUUGGUCAAACUUUACAUCUCUCCAUUAUCUAUUCUUGGACAAUCCUGAUGAAACUACAGUUUAUCAGAAGUAUGUUGAAAUGACCACUUUGCUAGACCAAUUUGAAAACCAUAUUUAUAAUGAAUGGAAAAUUCAUGUGGAUGAAAUCUGUGAAUUCAAUUUGAAUCAACCCUUGGUCAAAUUCAGUGCCAUGAAUGGUCUUCUUAGUGUCAACUUUGACCCAAAGCUCAUGGCUGUGUUGAGAGAAGUGAAAUACCUUUUGAUGCUAAAGAAAUCUGACAUACCGGAUUCAGCCUUAGCCAUCUUCCAGAAAAGGAACAUUCUUUUAAAGUACAUUGGGAAACUUGAACUUCUUGUGCAAGGGUACAAUAAACUGAAACAGACUCUUCUAGAAGUUGAAUACCCUCUGAUUGAAGAUGAGCUGGGGGCUGUUGAUGAACAACUCAAAGCUGCGGCGACCUGGCUGACAUGGCAGGAUGACUGCUGGGACUAUGUGGAGAAGGUGCAAGUGGCCACCACCGAGUUGGAGUGUAGAGUGGUGCACACACAGAACAAUAUACAAGCUAUCCAGCAGAUGAUGCAAGGCUGGGCGGAGUGUCCACUCCUGCCCAAGAAAGAGUACAGAAGGGAUAUAGCCUUGACCCUGGAGGACAAGAGGGAUUUGUUUGCUAAAAAAUACAAGCUAAUCCAGGAAGAUGGCUGCAAGAUACACAACUUGGUAGAGGAAAACAGGAAGCUUCUCAAAGCCAACCCUUCUCUGGACACCUGGAAAAUUUAUGUGGAAUUCAUUGAUGACAUUGUGGUGGAAGGCUUCUUUCAGGCUAUCUUGCAUGACUUAGACUUCUUCCUGAUGAAUACAGAGAAGCAAUCGAAACCUGAACUAUUUUUUCAAGCACAAAUGAUCUUGAUGCCACCUGAGAUAGUGUUUAAACCUCCUUUAGAAAGGGAGGCUGUGGAUGGCUUCUAUGACCUGGUGGAGGAAAUGCUCUGCAGUAGUUUUAGGAUGUCUGCCCAGAUGCAGCGAGUAGCAGCACAUCUGGAUAUAGCGAACUAUCAGAAUGAUAUGGACAACAUGUUAGGCCUGGUGGAAGUCAGGCAGGAGAUAAUGAACCGAGUUGCAGAUGUCAUCAACAAAGUCUUGGAUUUCAGAAAUUCCCUGGAGACCUACGCUUACCUUUGGGUGGAUGACCGAGCAGAGUUUAUGAAGCACUUUCUCCUGUAUGGCCAUACCAUGCCAUCUGAGGAAAUGGGUGCUCAUGCAAAUGAAGAGCUCCCCGAACAACCACCAAGUCUUGAGCAAUUCAAAGAACAGAUUGACAUUUAUGAGGCUUUGUAUGUUCAGAUGAGCAAAUUUGAGGACUUCAGAGUGUUUAACAGUUGGUUCAAGGUGGACAUGAAACCUUUCAAACUGAGCUUGCUAAAUGUGAUUAAAAAAUGGAGCUGGAUGUUUCAAGAGCAUCUUCAAAGAUUUGUCAUUGACAGUCUGAAUGAGCUACAAGAGUUUAUAAAGGAUACAGAUGCAGGACUUCAGAGAAAACUGAAUGAAAGUGAUCACGAUGGCUUAGUUGACAUCAUGGAACAUCUUCUGGCUGUCAGAAGCCGACAGAGAGCUACUGAUGAACUCUUCGAACCUCUGAAAGAAACCAUCACACUCCUAGAAAGCUAUGGCCAGAAGAUUCCAGAGCAAGCCUAUGUUCAGCUGGAGGAAUUACCUGAAAGAUGGGAAGCAACCAAAAAGAUUUCAGCAACAGUCAGACAUGAAGUUUCACCUCUCCAAAAUGCAGAAGUCACUCUCGUAAGGAAGAAGUGUAUUUUGUUUGAUGAAAAGCAGGCAGAGUUCAGAGAGAGAUUUAGAAGCUAUGCUCCUCUUGGUUUUAAUGCAGAAGAUCCAUACACAGUGCUUGAUAAGACAAAUCGGGAGCUUGAGGCUUUGGAAGAAGAAAUGGUGCAGAUGCAGGAGUCUGCUUGCCUCUUUGAAGUGGCUCUUCCAGAGUACAAACAGAUGAAGCAGUGUCGCAAAGAAAUACAGCUGCUCAAGGGACUCUGGGAUGUCAUCAUUUAUGUUAGAAGGAGCAUUGAUAAUUGGACUAAAACCCAGUGGAGACAGAUUAAUGUGGAACAGAUGGAUGUAGAACUCAGAAGGUUUGCCAAGGAAAUUCGGUCACUAGAUAAGGCAGUCCGUGCCUGGGAUGCUUAUGCAGGCCUGGAAGGCUCUGUGAAGGACAUGACGACCUCCCUGAGAGCUGUCACGGAGUUGCAGAGCCCAGCCCUCAGGGACAGGCAUUGGCAGCAGCUGAUGAAGGCCACUGGGGUCAGAUUUUCAGUAAAUGAAGCCACAACACUGGCAGAUUUGCUGGCACUGCAGCUGCACAGAGUGGAAGACGAUGUCCGGAACAUCGUGGACAAAGCGGUGAAGGAGCUGGGGACUGAGAAGGUUAUUACUGAAAUCAGCCAGACCUGGGCAACCAUGGAGUUUUCUUAUGAAGCUCAUUAUCGAACAGGCAUCCCACUACUGAAGUCUGAUGAACAACUUUUUGAAACUCUAGAGCACAAUCAAGUUCAAUUGCAGACCCUUCUUCAAAGCAAGUAUGUGGAAUAUUUCAUUGAGCAAGUCUUAAGCUGGCAAAAUAAGUUGAACAUAGCAGACUUGGUGAUCUUUACUUGGCUGGAAGUUCAACGGACAUGGACUCACCUGGAAAGCAUUUUUCUUUGUUCAGAAGAUAUUCGAGUCCAGUUGGUAAAAGAUGCCAGAAGAUUUGAUGGAGUAGAUGCUGAAUUUAAGGAGUUAAUGUUCAAGACAGCCAAAAUAAAAAAUGUUUUAGAAGCAACAUGCAGACCUCAUCUCUAUGAGAAGCUUAAAGAUUUACAGCACAGGCUCUCUCUUUGUGAAAAAGCUCUUGCUGAGUACCUGGAAACCAAGCGUGUGGCCUUCCCUCGCUUCUACUUCAUCUCCUCUGCUGACUUACUCGACAUUCUCUCAAAGGGAGCUCAGCCUAAGCAGGUAACGCGUCACCUUGCCAAACUCUUUGACAGCAUGGCAGAUCUGCAGUUUGUGGAUUACCAGGAUGCUUCUGCACACAUAGCAGUCGGAAUGUACAGCAAAGAAAAGGAGUAUGUCCCAUUCCAAGCAGAGUGUGACUGCAUAGGCCAUGUGGAAAGUUGGCUUCUACAACUUGAACAGACCAUGCAAGAGACGGUGCGUCAGUCUAUCACAGAGGCCAUAGUGGCUUAUGAGGAAAAGCCUAGGGAAAUGUGGAUUUUUGAUUUCCCAGCUCAAGUUGCACUAACCAGUUCACAAAUAUGGUGGACCACAGAUGUAGGAAUAGCCUUCAGUAGACUGGAGGAAGGCUAUGAAACUGCCCUAAAGGAUUUUCAUAAAAAGCAGAUUUCUCAGUUGAACACUCUGAUUACACUUUUGUUGGGAGAACUUCCACCUGGAGACAGGCAGAAGAUCAUGACAAUUUGUACCAUACAUGUCCAUGCCAGAGAUGUGGUGGCAAAACUUAUUUCUCAGAAGGUUGUCAGUCCCCAAGCUUUCGCUUGGCUGUCUCAACUUCGUCACCAGUGGGAGGAUACCCAGAAACACUGUUUUGUUAAUAUUUGUGAUGCCCAGUUCCAGUACUUCUAUGAAUACUUAGGAAACAGUCCCCGGCUGGUGAUCACACCUCUAACUGACAGGUGUUAUAUUACUUUAACUCAAUCACUUCAUCUAACCAUGAGUGGGGCUCCAGCUGGCCCAGCUGGUACAGGGAAAACAGAGACCACCAAAGAUCUUGGACGUGCUCUUGGCAUGAUGGUUUAUGUAUUCAACUGUUCAGAACAAAUGGAUUACAAAUCCAUAGGAAAUAUCUAUAAGGGCUUGGUGCAGACAGGAGCGUGGGGCUGCUUCGAUGAGUUCAAUCGCAUUGUCGUGGAAGUUCUGUCCGUGGUGGCAGUACAAGUGAAAAUGAUUCAUGAUGCCAUCAGAAACAGGAAAAAGAGAUUUGUAUUUCUUGGAGAAGAUAUCACACUGAAGCCAUCGGUUGGAAUAUUUAUUACUAUGAACCCAGGAUAUGCUGGUCGCACUGAAUUACCAGAAAAUCUCAAAGCUCUUUUCAGACCCUGUGCCAUGGUGGCCCCCGACACGGAGCUGAUCUGUGAAAUCAUGUUAGUGGCUGAAGGUUUCAUGGAUGCACGCUCAUUAGCCUGCAAGUUCGUUUCAUUGUAUACGCUCUGCAAGGAGCUCUUGUCCAAGCAGGAUCAUUAUGACUGGGGACUUCGUGCAAUUAAAUCAGUCUUGGUUGUAGCUGGCUCCCUGAAACGAGGAGAUAAAAAUAGACCUGAAGAUGAGGUACUCAUGCGAGCAUUAAGAGAUUUCAAUAUGCCUAAAAUAGUGACCGAUGAUGUCCCGGUGUUUCUGGGCCUGGUCAGUGACUUAUUUCCAGCCCUGGAUGUGCCCCGGCACAGGAAGCCACACUUUGAACAGAUGGUCAGGCAGUCCACCCUGGAGCUCCGCCUGCAGCCUGAGGAGAGCUUCAUCCUGAAAGUUGUCCAACUUGAGGAACUACUGGCUGUGCGACACUCUGUCUUUGUGGUUGGAAAUGCAGGCACGGGGAAGAGUAAGAUUUUGAGAACACUGAACCGAACAUAUGUUAACAUGAAACAGAAACCCGUUUGGAAUGACUUAAACCCAAAAACUGUGACAACAGAUGAACUCUUUGGUUUCAUACAUCAUGCCAGUCGAGAAUGGAAAGACGGUCUCUUCUCAUCCAUUCUUCGAGAACAAGCAAAUCUUGUGCAUGAUGGACCGAAAUGGAUAGUUCUGGAUGGAGAUAUUGACCCCAUGUGGAUUGAGUCACUAAAUACAGUCAUGGAUGAUAACAAGGUGCUGACCCUGGCCAGCAAUGAGCGGGUGGUCCUCACGCCCUCAAUGAGGCUUCUUUUUGAGAUACACCACUUAAGGACAGCAACCCCAGCCACUGUCUCAAGAGCUGGUAUUCUCUUUGUGAACCCACAAGAUUUGGGCUGGAAUCCGCAUGUGGCCAGUUGGAUAGAUAGAAGGCAGCACCAAUCAGAAAAGGCCAAUUUAACCAUUCUUUUUGAUAAAUACGUUCCUGCCUGCUUGGACAAGCUGAGAACCAGCUUCAGAGCUGUCACCUCAAUUCCAGAAAGUAGCCUGGUGCAGACUAUUUGUGCUCUUUUGGAGUGUUUGUUGACUCCUGAAAACGUUCCUUUUGACAGCCCAAAAGAAGUUUACGAAGUCUAUUUUGUCUUUGCUUGUAUCUGGGCAUUCGGAGGCGCCCUGCUGAAAGACCAGCUUUUUGAUUAUCAAGCUGACUUCAGUCGCUGGUGGCAUAAAGAGAUGAAAGCAGUGAAGUUUCCAUCCCAGGGAACCAUCUUUGAUUAUUAUCUGGACCACAAAACUAAGAAAUUCUUGCCUUGGGCCGACAAAGUCCCCCAGUUCACUAUGGAUCCAGAUGUGCCUCUCCAGACAGUUCUGGUUCACACAUCAGAAACAACUCGUCUUAGAUAUUUCUUUGAAUUGUUGCUUGAGAAAGGAAAACCACUCAUGCUAGUAGGAAAUGCAGGAGUUGGAAAAACAGUCUUUGUGGGUGAUGUGCUGGCUCAUCUCCCUGAGGACUACAUAGUGUCCCAUGUGCCUUUCAACUACUGCACAACAUCUGCAGCUCUGCAAAGAAUCCUUGAGAAACCUCUAGAGAAAAAAGCUGGUCGUAACUAUGGUCCAGGAGGGAAUAAAAAGUUGGUUUAUUUCAUUGAUGACAUGAAUAUUCCUGAAAUGGACUUAUAUGGCACUGUUCAGCCUCACACUCUGAUUCGGCAGCAUAUAGACUAUGGACAUUGGUAUGAUAGACAGAAGGUCAUGCUUAAAAAAAUCCACAACUGCCAGUAUGUCGCCUGCAUGAACCCCAUGGUGGGCAGCUUCACGAUCAACCCAAGGUUGCAGAGACAUUUCACAGUGUUUGCAUUCAAUUUCCCGUCUUUGGGUUCACUGAAAACCAUCUAUGGCCAAAUCUAGUUCCAUUUCCAGCAGCAAGCCUUUGGUCCAUCAGUCCUCAGAAGUGGCCCCUUUUUGAUCCAGGCAGUGCUAGCACUCCAUCAGAUGAUAACACAGAACUUUUUACCUACAGCUACUAAAUUCCAUUAUAUUUUUAAUCUGCGGGACCUGUCAAACAUCUUCCAGGGGAUUUUGUUUGCUUCUCCUGAGUGUUUAAAAGGUCCAAAUGAUUUAGUACACCUGUGGCUUCAUGAAUCUUCCCGUGUUUAUGGAGACAAACUGAUAGACACAAAAGAUUGUGACUUGUUUCAGAAAAAAAUGCUGGCCACUGCUCAUAAAUAUUUUGAAGGUGUCGACAGUCAUGCACUGCUUCAACAGCCACUCAUUUAUUGCCACUUUGCUAACAGCGGAAAGGACACAUGUUACAUGCCAGUGAAGGACUGGGAAGGAUUGAAGACGAUUCUUACAGAAACGUUAGACAACUACAAUGAACUAAAUGCCUCCAUGCGCCUGGUUUUGUUUGAAGAUGCCAUGCAACAUGUGUGUCGUAUCUGCCGCAUCCUGUGGACCCCUUGGGGGCACGCCCUCUUGAUUGGAGUGGGGGGCAGUGGCAAGCAGAGCCUGUCUAGGCUGGCAGCUUACAUCUGUAGGCUUGAGGUCUUUCAGAUCACUCUGACCGAAGGCUAUGGAAUCCAAGAACUUCGGGUAGAUCUUGCCAAUUUGUGCAUCAGGACAGGAGCCAAGAACAUACCCACUGUGUUCCUGCUGACAGAUGCCCACGUUCUAGAUGAGAGCUUUCUCGUGCUGAUUAAUGACUUGCUGGUGUCAGGAGAAAUCCCAGAUCUGUUUAAUGAUGAAGAUAUGGACAAUGUAGGUUCCAGAAUAUGUAAUGAGGUCCGUGCUCUGGGCAUGGUGGACUCCAAGGAAAAUUGUUGGAAAUUCUUCUUGGCCAGGGUCCGACAACAGCUCAAACGUGGGACACUAACUGUGUCACAAGGGCUGUAUGCACACCUGGCAGGUCACACUGAAUGGUAUGCCAUUACUACCCCAUUACCCAUGCUCACCACCCAAAAUCAUUUGUGUUUCUCUCCAGUUGGUCACACACUGAGAGUUAGAUAUCGGAAGUUUCCAGCCAUAGUCAACUGCACUGCUAUUGACUGGUUUCAUGAGUGGCCCCAGGAGGCUCUGGUCUCAGUCAGCAGGAGGUUCAUUGAAGAAACGGAGGGCAUUGAGCCACUGCACAAAGAGUCUAUUAGCCUUUUCAUGGCACAUGUUCACAACAGCGUAAAUGAAAUGAGUGCCAGGUAUUACCAGAAUGAAAGAAGACACAACUAUACCACCCCAAAGAGUUUUCUAGAACAAAUAUCACUGUUUAAGCAUCUGUUGAAGAAGAAACAAGAAGAGGUAUCCCAGAAGAAAGAGCACUUGGCAAGUGGUAUCCAGAAACUAAAAACCACCGCCUCACAGGUGGGAGAUCUGAAAGCCAGACUUGCCUCUCAAGAAGCAGAAUUGCAGCUAAGAAAUCAUGAUACUGAAGCUCUGAUCACAAAGAUGGGCCUUCAGACGGAGAAAGCGAGCCGGGAAAAGGCCAUCGCAGACGCUGAGGAGCGAAAGGUGGCAGCCAUUCAGACUGAAGUGUCCCAGAAACAGAGAGAAUGUGAGGCCGACUUACUCAAAGCGGAGCCUGCGCUGGUAGCUGCUACAGCGGCACUCAAUACCCUGAACAGGGUCAACCUCACUGAACUGAAAACCUUUCCCAACCCCCCCAAUGCAGUUACCAAUGUCACUGCAGCUGUGAUGGUCCUUCUGGCUCCCCAGGGCAGAGUGCCAAAAGACCGAAGUUGGAAAGCAGCUAAAGUCUUCAUGGGAAAGGUUGAUGAUUUUUUGCAAGCAUUAAUUAACUAUGACAAAGAGCACAUUCCAGCGAACUGUCUAAAGGUAGUGAAUGAACAGUAUUUGAAAGACCCAGAGUUCAAUCCCAGCCUAAUUCGGACCAAAUCUUUUGCAGCAGCUGGUCUCUGUGCCUGGGUCAUCAACAUUAUUAAAUUCUAUGAGGUCUACUGUGAUGUGGAGCCAAAACGCCAGGCAUUAGCCCAAACAAACUUAGAGCUGGCUGCAGCUACUGAAAAGCUGGAGGCCAUCAGGAAGAAGCUUGUGGAUCUGGAUCAAAAUCUGAGCAGACUCAAAGCUUCACUUGAAAAAGCCAUAGCUGAGAAAGUCCGUUGUCAAGAAGAGGUGAACCAAACCAACAAAACCAUUGAGCUAGCCAACAGACUUGUCAAGGAACUUGAGUCAGAGAAGAUUCGCUGGGGUCUGUCUAUUAAGUCCUUUGAAACUCAAGAGAAGACACUGUGUGGAGACGUUCUCCUUACAGCAGCAUUUGUGUCUUACAUUGGGCCUUUCACAAAACAGUAUCGCCAGGAACUGCUGGACUGCAAGUGGGUUCCAUUUCUUCAACAGAAGGUUUCCAUCCCAAUAACGCAAGGCCUGGAUGUGAUUGCCAUGUUGACGGAUGAUGCUACAGUCGCUGCCUGGAAUAAUGAAGGGCUACCCAGUGACAGAAUGUCAACUGAAAAUGCCACCAUCCUGACACACUGUGAGCGCUGGCCCCUGAUGAUUGAUCCUCAGCAACAGGGAAUUAAGUGGAUCAAGAAUAAGUAUGGAACUGACCUGAAAGUCACACAUUUAGGCCAGAAAGGGUUUCUGAGUGCCAUUGAAACUGCUGUGGCCUUUGGUGAUGUCAUCUUAAUUGAAAACCUUGAGGAAACAGUAGAUCCAGUCCUUGAUCCACUGCUUGGCAGGAACACAAUUAAAAAAGGAAAGUAUAUCAGGAUUGGAGAUAAAGAAUGUGAAUUUAACAAGAACUUCCGUCUUAUCCUUCACACAAAACUGGCAAAUCCUCACUAUAAACCAGAAUUACAAGCUCAGACAACCCUCCUCAAUUUCAUGGUCACGGAAGAUGGUCUUGAAGCCCAGCUGCUGGCAGAGGUUGUCAGUAUUGAAAGACCAGAUUUGGAGACACUCAAGCUGGAUUUGACAAAGCACCAAAAUGACUUUAAGAUCCAGCUGAAGCACCUAGAAGAUGACCUCCUCCUACGCCUCUCUGCAGCAGAAGGGAGCUUCCUAGACGACACCAACCUGGUAGAGAGAUUGGAGACGACAAAGGCCACCGCAGCAGAGAUAGAGCGCAAAGUGAUUGAAGCCAAAGAAAAUGAAAGAGAAAUCAAUGAGGCCCGAGAGUGUUACAGACCAGUGGCAGCAAGAGCUUCUCUCCUUUAUUUUGUUAUUAACGACCUCAGAAAAAUCAACCCCAUCUAUCAGUUCUCCUUGAAGGCUUUCAACGUGCUGUUCCACAGAGCGAUCAAGCAGGCGGACAAGGCAGAGGAUUUGCAGGUUCGCAUCUCUGUGCUGAUGGAGCGCAUCACCCACACCAUCUUCCUCUACACCAGCCAGGCGCUGUUUGAGAAGGACAAGCUCACCUUUCUGUCCCAGAUGACUUUUCAGAUUUUGUUGAGAAAGAAAGAGAUCAACCCCCUUGAACUGGAUUUCCUACUUCGAUUUGCAGUCGAACACACUCAUCCGAGUCCUGUGACGUUCCUAACUACUCAGUCGUGGAGUGCUGUUAAGGCAGUUGCCCAUAUGGAAGAAUUUCGAGGCAUAGACCGAGAUGUGGAAGGAUCUGCCAAGCAAUGGAGGAAGUGGGUAGAAUCCGAGUGUCCAGAAAAAGAAAAGUUACCGCAAGAAUGGAAGAAGAAAAGUUUGAUACAGAAGCUGAUUAUUUUGAGAGCACUGCGCCCUGACAGAAUGACAUAUGCUCUCCGCAAUUUUGUGGAGGAAAAAUUAGGUGCAAAGUAUGUGGAGAGAACCAGAUUGGACUUAAGUAAAGCAUUUGAAGAAAGCAGUCCCUGCAUUCCAGUCUUCUUCAUCUUGUCUCCAGGGGUGGAUGCCCUGAAAGACCUCGAGAUGCUUGGCAAAAAACUUGGGUUUACAAUUGACUUGGGAAAAUUCCACAAUGUGUCUUUAGGACAAGGUCAGGAGAUGGUGGCAGAAAUGGUACUAGAGAAAGCUUCCAAAGGAGGACACUGGGUUAUACUCCAGAAUGUCCACUUGGUAGCCAAGUGGCUGGGAACCUUGGAGAAACUCCUUGAAAAAUUCAGCCAAGGAAGCCACAGAGAUUACAGGGUGUUCCUGAGUGCCAAGUCUGCACCUACACCGAGUGAACACAUCAUCCCUCAAGGGCUCCUGGAGAAUGCCAUUAAGAUCACUAACGAACCCCCCACAGGGAUGCUGGCCAACUUGCAUGCUGCCCUGUACAACUUUGAUCCGGAUACACCUGAGAUGUGCUCCAAGGAGCAGGAGUUUAAAAGCAUCCUCUUUUCUCUGUGCUACUUCCAUGCUUGUGUUGCUGGGAGACUGAGAUUUGGCCCCCAGGGCUGGAGCCGAAGCUAUCCUUUCAAUUCUGGAGACCUUACCAUCUGUGCCAGCGUCCUGUACAACUACUUAGAGGCCAACCCUAGCGUCCCAUGGGAAGACCUCCGUUAUCUGUUUGGUGAGAUCAUGUAUGGUGGCCAUAUCACAGAUCCCUGGGAUCGCAAACUGUGCCGGGUGUAUUUAGAAGAAUUCAUGAAUCCAUCUCUGCUUGAAGAUGAUCUCAUGCUAGCACCAGGAUUUGCAGCUCCCCCCUACCUAGAUUAUUCUGGCUACCACCAGUACAUAGAGGAGAUGCUGCCACCAGAAAGCCCAGCUCUGUACGGCCUGCACCCCAAUUCUGAAAUAGAAUUCCUGACGGUGACGUCUAACACUCUCUUCAGAACUUUGCUGGAGAUGCAGCCCAGGAAUGCAGACAGCAGUGAGGAACUGGGGCAGUUCACAGAUGAAAAGGUUAAAAAUGUCUUGGAUGACAUUUUGGAGAAACUUCCAGAAGAGUUCAACAUGGCAGAGAUAAUGCAAAAAACCUCAAACAGAAGCCCCUAUGUUGUGGUUUGCUUCCAAGAAUGUGAAAGGAUGAAUAUUCUCAUUCGGGAAAUUCGUGUGUCACUUCAACAACUAGACCUCAGUUUGAAGGGGGAGAUGACCUUAUCUCCUGAUGUGGAAGCGAUGCAGUCCGUGUUGAGUCACGACAGAGUUCCAGACACUUGGAGCAAACUGGCUUACCCAUCUACUUACGGCCUAGCACAGUGGUUUAAUGAUCUCCUCUUGCGCUGCCGAGAACUUGACACUUGGACACAAGACCUUGCCCUCCCAGCUGUCGUGUGGCUUUCUGGCUUCUUCAACCCUCAGUCCUUCUUAACUGCAAUCAUGCAGACCAUGGCUCGAAAAAAUGAGUGGCCGCUGGAUAGAAUGUGCUUGACUGUUGAUGUUACCAAAAAAAUGAAAGAAGACUAUGGCCAUCCCCCAAGGGAAGGUGCAUAUCUCCAUGGGCUCCUCAUGGAAGGUGCCAGAUGGGAUGCCCAGGCAGGAACCAUCGUUGAAGCACGCCUCAAGGAGCUGAGGCCCAUAAUGCCCGUCAUCUUUGCCAAAGCCAUACCCAUGGACAGACAAGAAACCAAACACACCUAUGAGUGCCCUGUGUACAAAACCAAAAUGAGAGGCCCCACCUAUGUCUGGACCUUCAGGCUGAAGAGCAAAGAGAAGACAGCUAAAUGGGUGCUGGCAGGUGUGGCUCUGGUGUUAGAAGCAUAAGAUGGCCUUUGUGCUGGGACUUACAUUCCUCUACUAAAAGGUAUAUAACAUAUGCCAGCUUAUGUAACUUUUUAGCAAUUUACACAUGCAUUUUUAAAGGCCAACCUUAACAGCUGAGAGUAGCAAAUACAGAAAAAAUACUAGAAACCUGGCCAG